GCGGAGCAGUGGAGCCGCGGCUGCCGGCGCCAGACGCCGCGGUGGCCGCGGGGAGAUCGCCGGCUGGGCGAUGCGGCCCGUGGACGACACUGGGGCCGCCAAGCGGCUGGAGUCCGGGCUGCCGCUGGUGGACAUCCCGCCCCCGGGCUCCAGGCAACAGUCGGCGGCCACCGAGGUAGCGGAGACGCCCGGCCCCGGCGGGUGCUGGCAGUGUCCUUCAUUGCCGUGCGGCUCGCGCGCGGAGCAGGAAGCUGAGAAGAAAGCACCCUGUCCUGGACUUGGCUUGUUUUACACAUUAUUGUCUGCGUUCCUCUUCUCAGUGGGCUCUUUAUUUGUUAAAAAAGUGGAAGACAUCCACGCUGUAGAAAUUAGUGCAUUCCGAUGUGUGUUCCAAAUGCUAAUCAUUAUCCCUUGCUUAAUAUACAGAAAAACUGGGUUUAUAGGCCCCAAAGGUCAACGAAUCUUCCUCCUUCUCAGAGGAGUCCUUGGUUCUAGUGCCAUGAUCCUUUUAUACUACGCCUACCAGUCAACAUCCCUCGCUGAUGCCACGGUUAUCUCAUUUAGCUGUCCAGUGUUUACGUCUAUAAUUGCUUGCAUAUUUCUCAAGGAAAAGUAUAGCCCUUGGGACGCUGUCUUCACCGCAUUCACAAUCACCGGAGUGAUCCUUAUCGUGAGGCCGCCAUUUCUGUUUGGUUCCGAAGUCGUGGAGACGGAUAAAGACUAUUCAGUUCACCUGAAGGGUGCUUUCGCAGCACUUGUACACGCUGUGUUUGCUGCCGUGACUUUAGUUAUCCUAAGGAAAAUAGGGACAUCUGUGGACUACGUGUUGAGCAUUUGGUAUUAUGUAGUCGCUGGCCUUACCGAGUGCGUCAUUGCCCUUUCUAUAUUAGGAGAAUGGAGUCUGCCGCACUGUGGGUUGGACAGGCUAUUUCUCAUACUAAUUGGGCUGUUUGGUUUGGGAGGUCAGGUGUUUCUCGCAAAAGCCAUUCAAAUAGAAAAAGCAGGGCUAGUAGCAUUAAUGAAGACUAUGGAUGUAGUCUUUGCUUUUAUCUUUCAGAUUAUUUUCUUUCCUGAUGUGCCGUCGUGGUGGACCGUGGGUGGCUCCUUAUGCGUAGUAGCCAGUAGCAUUGGAGCAGCCGUUCGUAAAUGGUACCAGAGCUCCAAAUAAAGCAUCACUGCUGAAAUGUGUAUUUCUUUAAAGUACACCAUCACCCAGUUGAGACAUACCACCCGCAUACACACCUGGAAAAUCUGCAUUUACUUCAUUGACUAUAUUCAAUACAUUUCAUAGUUAAGGUACCAUUUUUGAAUAUGGUACGUCUUUAAUUAGUUGAGGAUAGCCAGUCAGUUGGGUGUAGCAAUUAUUAUUUUUUGUGUGUGUCAGUUAUUUUUUGGCUUUGGUUGUUGGGGUGGCAUUUGGUAAGAGAACACAUCAUUAGUUGAAGAAAAACUGCACAAUUUUUUAUGACUCAAGUAUAAAUAUAUGUAAUUUUUAAAAGUGUAUUUUUGGUACUGAUGGGAUAUAGGUGGGAGGAAAUUUUAGAUUCUCUUUUAGCAGUGUAGAGGCUAAGAAACUUAUUGAUAAUAAUGCUGCUGUAUAAUUAGUGUUGUGUUGAGAAUUCAUUUGAAAUGUAAUCCCAUUCAGGAGGCCAAAGCUGAAACCUGGAGUAGGUGCCUACUUAAUGGUAUUAAUAAAACAAAUGAAUUAGCCUUAUUUUCAAGGCUUUUAUAAA